CCGGUUCAACGAUGCGAUGACGGACUUUAUAAACCGAUUGGUUCAUCAAGCGAAUGAAUAAACCGGUAUUUUCCGGGUUUCUUCCGGUUUGUAACGCUGCAUUUCUUCCCUCCCAUUUGUCAUCUUAUCUGCUGGGAAAAAAAAACUGGUAAGGUGAGCAAAUCCGUUAAUCUCUAGAGAAAUCGUAGUCGUAGCGGUGAAAUUCAUCAGCUUCCGCCAUCAAUGGCACUAACCCAGAUAGUGAAUCCCAUCAUCUGCCCGACUCCCACAGUUCCACGACGAUUCACGGCGAUCUCGCCAUUUAAAACCCUAAACCCCCAAUUUUCCCGCUACGCACCUCAGGCACUCUCUCGCAGACUCUUCCUUCCCUCUGUUUCCUCGAUCUGGGAUGCCAUAACCGGCGGCGGAGAUUCAAACCCCCGCGAGGCCAUUGCAGCGGUUCGAAGCGGAAUGCAGCUUUUCAAAAAGGGUGAUGUUUCUGGAUCGGUGACAGAGUUCGAUAGAGCUAUUGUGUUGGAUCCCCGGCAAAAGGCAUAUUUGUGGCAACGCGGGCUUUCUCUUUACUACCUGGAUAGGUUUGAAGCAGGUGCAGAGCAGUUCCGGUUAGAUGUUGCCCAGAACCCAAAUGACACCGAGGAGUCGAUUUGGUGCUUUCUCUGCGAGGCUCGGCUCCACGGUAUUGAUGUUGCACGCAAACAGUUUCUUGAGGUUGGUAGAGAUUCUCGGCCUGUGAUGCGGGAAGCUUAUAACCUAUUCAAGAACGGUGGUGAUCCUGAAAAGUUAGUUAAUGACUUCUCGAGCGGUCAAGCAAGUGAAAUCUUCUACGCUUCGCUGUAUGCAGGGCUCUAUUACGAAGCUGAGGGUAAAUCAGAAAACGCAAAGUUUCAUAUAACCGCGGCUUGUGAAUCUCCAUAUGGGCAGAGGUCUGAUGAUUACAUGGCUUCACUUGCUAAAGUUCACUGCCUUUGUAGAAAUUGGAGCUCCGGUUUUGUUUGAAACGGUUUAUGCUUUUAGAACCUUUCAUUCGUAUUUUAUUUUUUCAAGGCCCAGUUUGUAAAAUCUUAGCCCAAUUAAAAAGUUUAACCCAAGUUUGCAAUUCCCGAGCUUUAUUUCUGGAACUUGAACCAGAAUGUUGUAAUUUUACUAGGCUCCUAAACAAUGUUUGGUGUUAUCCCCUUACAUUACAUAAAAGUGUUAUAAAAAUUAAGAAGGUUCAAUAUCGUUUUCGGUUAAA